GGGAACCGGCCCAAAUUCACAAGCAAACUGCUAGAUUUGACCAUUCAGGUAGAUCCAAGUGUCAGAAACAAACCAUAAAUACUCUUCUCCCUCAAAGGAGUCCGCUCCGAUUUCCUGCUCAAGCUCUCCCACUCAAGCUCGCUGCUGGACCUCCCCGAAUCUAUCUGCCUCGGAAUUCUUGCUCGCUGCUCGACCUCCCCGAAUCUAUCUACCUCAGAAUUCUUGCUCUCCUGAACCAUACCAGGUUAGAAACGGAACUUAUGCUUCUGUACCGUUUCUUCCCUUCGAUUCUCUCUUAGUUUAGUUCUAAACCUUAGAGAAAUUCUUCCAUGAGUUUUGGUAUUCCUGGUUCCUGCAAGAUUUUCCCCGUCGAAUGCUUUAGUUUCCUAUUUCGUUUGUAUUCAAUUCAGUAGGAUAAUAGAGAUGGUGAGUUCUUGAUCAUCCUUCCUGCCGAUCUCCUCAACCCUGAGGAAUCGUAUGGUGAGUUCUUGAUCAUCCUUCCCGCCGAUCUCCUCAACCCUGACGAAUCGUCCAACGGGUUUCCUAUUUAGGUUUCUUUCUUCGUUGUUUUCCAGUUAGGUUUACGUUUCUGCUGUUAAUUCAUUUUCUUCUUGCCCCUGAAUCAGAAUGGAUUGCUUGAUUUCCUAUAUAGAUUUCUUUCUCUGUUCUUCUUCAUUUAGGGUUAUCUUUUUGCGGUUAAUUCACUUGCUUCCUGCCCCUGGAUAGAAUGGAGGACACCGAUGAUUGGGUUGAUCCAAUUGUGGAUCGGACACUCCUGCUCGUUGGGGAAUCUGUGAGCGGCAAGAGCUCUCUCGGUAACAGUAUUCUCGGUCAAGAGUGUUUCGCCUACAAGAAUCAGUGCGGGUCGGUCACCACAUGUUGCGAAAUCAAGGAAGCAUAUCUGUCUACCCUUUGAUGCCAGAUAAUUGACACCCCUGGUGUUGUUCUGGAGUGGAAGAUGCACUAAAAGAGAUUGGCACGGCCUGCUUUCAGGUCAAACGUGGUGUCCGUGGGAAAGAGACUGGAGGAGGCAGGCAUAGUUGAUAUGCUAGAGAGGUUGUUUGGACCGAAGAUAAUGGAGUAUGUAAUUGUGGUGUUCGCGGGAGGAGAUCUGUUGGAAAAAGAGGGUCGAAGUUUGGAUGACUAUCUCGGACGGGAUUCUACUGAACUACAGAAAAUUCUCACACGCUGUGGUGGUCGAAAGGUGCUCUUCGACAAUAAGACUGCCGAUAAGGUUAAGCAAUGUGUCCAAGUGCAGCAGCUUCUUGAUAUGGUUAGCAGACUAGAGGUGCAACCUUACACGUUCAGCAUAAUGUUUGAUGAACUCCACUUGCAGAAUCGAAGUCCAACCAUAGGAGACUUGUCCCCUGAAACAGAAAAGGUGAAUGCUCUAAUGGAUCAAGCAUAUCAGGGGAUACCUCUUACUACUGCUGCUUCUUAUGCUCACUUACUCGAUCAAAACUCCCAAAUAUUUUUGUGAAUCGUGUCCUUCAGGUGGACAAGAAGCUACAAGAGAUUAUGGUGAAGUUUGAGAAGGAAAUAACGAGUGAAGUUGAAGCACGGAAGAAGCUGCAAUUUGAAAUACAAAAAUCAAUAGCAGACUCGAAUGAAGCUGUGCGUCUACUGCAUCUCAAGGUUGACACAGUUGUUGAUGAAAUCAAGGAGAUCCAGACUCGAAUAGCAGACGCGAAUGAAGCUGUGCGUCUAUCUUUUGCAGCCAUGCAUGGCUAUGAGACAUCUCAUUAAUUACAUGAUUGAUUUCAUGUGUUCCCCUAUGACACUUGUAUUUGCCUUGUGUUCACCCUCUCUAUUAUUUUUAUUUACAAAUACAGUUCACCCUCCCAU